AUGAAACACCAAAUUGACAAGGUGAUUCCCGUCGAGGCGCUUACCAAGUGCAAAAUGCAGGAUAACUUGGAGUUCCUGCAGUGGGCCAAGAAGUACUGGGACCUUAAAUUCCCCGAUCACGACUACGAUGCCGUCGCGCGGAGAAAGGGAGGGGCUCUGCCCAGUAGCAAUUCUGCGGCGGGCAGAGCUCCCGUCUCGACUGGCGCUGCCCGGAGGGGCGCUGCUGCCCCCCGGGUUGCUAGGACCGCUGCUGCUGGUGGCCAUAACAUGGCUGCUCUACAGGCAGAGAAUGCCACGCUCAAGGAAACUGUCGCGGGCCUGGAGCGUGAGCGAGACUUUUACUUUAGCAAGCUUCGCGAUAUUGAGCUCCUAAUUCAGCAGGCUGUCGAGGAGGACCCUGAGCUUGACAAGGCAGAGGAUGGACUGGUCAAGCAAUUUCAGCUUAUUUUGUACUCGACGGAAGAAGGGUUCGAAAUUCCUGAAGAGGCCGAGCCGCUUGACGACCAGGAGACAUUCUAG